AUGGCUAGGUUCCAAAAGAACCUGUUUCCUUUAUAUGAAGAUUGUAUGUCAUUGUAUGCUGGAAGUGUUGCUAUAGGAGAUCUAAACUUCACAUCAACCGAGCACUUGCAGCUUGCUCCUCUUGUUCCUAUUGCUGCUCCAGCUACUCCCGCUGCUCCCGCUGUAGUCUUUGAUAGCACAAGUCUAUUUGCUACUUUUGAUGGGCUAAACAUCUCAAGUGCAUGCAAUGAAGCUCAAUCUGUACCUUCCAAUCAAGAUUCUGUGCAAGGAGCGAGUGGUGGGAGAAAGCGUAAGCGAAGUCAUAUUGGUGCUGCUAUUGAGGGUUUUGUGCAGUAUAAGAAGAUGCAAACAAGCAAAACCAUGGAAGCUCUCAAUGAAAAGAAGAAACAAGACAAAGAAUUUUCAGUGCACAAGUGUCUCGAUGAAGUGGAUGCAAUGGAACUUACUAAUGUGGAGAAGGCAUAUGCUAUGAAUAUCUUCAAAUCUAAGAUAGAUAGGGAUGUAUUCAUGAAAAUGAAAAAUAAAAAUGUUCGCUUGAUUUGGCUCAAACAACAGAUUAGGUAA